AACCACCCAUCUCUCCUUAUAAGUCCAUAGGCUGUACCAAACAGUGAACAGAACUCACAGGGUUGAAUUCAAGACGUCUCCAGCCUAUUUUAGCCGAGAACCGAAAGGUGACACUUGAAGCCAUGCUCCUUCUAAUACUUUCCCUUGCUCUCUCGUUCGCUGCCAAACCUGAUCAUGAGGCUAUAGUUAGCUCCCCUGGGCUAGUAUAUAAGGCUUCUUGGUGUCAAAAUGUACAUGUCGGUUACACAGAUUUGGUGUAGGCUCUUGGCUCUUCUCCUGACCAACCCCGAAACCUCCACAUAACCUCGAGAGAUGGCACCCAAAAAGGCCAAGAGAAGGCAACAGGGAGAGGGUGGCAGCUCCAAUGUGUUCUCCAUGUUUGAGCAGAGCCAGAUCCAGGAGUACAAGGAGGCCUUCACCAUCAUCGACCAGAACAGGGAUGGCAUCAUCAGCAAGGACGAUCUGAGGGACGUCUUGGCCUCCAUGGGUCAGCUGAAUGUGAAGAAUGAGGAGCUGGAUGCCAUGAUCAAGGAGGCCAGUGGUCCAAUCAACUUCACCGUCUUCCUCACCAUGUUCGGCGAAAAGCUGAAGGGUGCUGAUCCCGAGGACGUCAUCGUUAGCGCUUUCAAGGUCCUCGACCCCGCCGCUACCGGCACCAUUAAGAAGGAAUUCCUUGAGGAACUUCUGAGCACCCAGUGUGACAGGUUCAGCGCAGAGGAGAUGAAAAACCUGUGGGCCGCCUUCCCUCCAGAUGUGGCUGGCAAUGUCGACUACAAGAACAUCUGCUAUGUCAUCACACACGGAGAGGAGAAGGAGGAGUAAACUUAUUUCCAUCCUUCUAUUGAUCUACCUCUUACCUCAACCCUCACACACACAAACACAAACACAACCUCUCAUGCGGUUCCUUCACUGGUUCCUUCUACUAUAUGGCACACUCGGGUUCUCUCUUCCAAACAAACGUUCCUCUCGCUCGCACUGCUGAUAACAAGAGACUUUAUCUCCAUUGCUGAGAUCCUGAUCGGGAAGGUCAGGACGGCUUUUGGAGGUGGUGGGAUCAUUUUCAAUAAACCAUAAUACCAUCAA